AUGGGCUACAAUAUUUCUAUCCAGGCUGCAGUGGCAGAGCUGCCUUCUGAGGGCCUACAGAACAACCAGGGAGCCAAAAGCCAGGGGGUGACCUCUUCCCCAUGGACUCUACUAGAAAUGACAGCAUUGAUGGAACAGAGACAGAGCCUCACAGGCUGGGGCAGCUUGACUAAAAGGGACUUCAAGGAUCGAGCCAAACUUGAUGAGACAACUUUGCUUGAACGCCAAGUGCUGUACAAGUAUUGUGCUUUAAUGUUUACAUCUUUUGACGACACACCGCUCACCAAUGAGUUCAUCAGUAAAUCAUGACCCUUAGAGGAAACAGAGAGGCAAAAAUUCAUUCUUGAGGAGCUGAGGAUGCAGGGAGUAAUCAAGAGUCAAAGUACCACUGCCAGAACUGUAGAAGCAUAUGAGAACAAGAGAGAUGCUCUGGGAAAGACACAGAAAAAAACCCCAGCUAGGCUGGAAAAAAAUUGAAAUGAGAAAGUGGGUGAUUUUACAGUGAAAGACAUGAAGCCUUCUACUAAAGCAAAGAAACAGAUUAGGGAAGAGGAACUGACUAAAACGCCACAACACAUCGCAUCAUUUUUCCCCCCAGAAACUGCUCACCAAACCACAAAGAAACAGACUGAAAAGGAUUGCCUGAGUUUUGAAAGCCAGGGAGGUACAGACCCUCAGCCCUCACCUUUAGAUGCUGAGCCAGGGCUGCUGCUGAAGAAAAUAACUGCAAUAGACAGAACAAGCAAUUGUACUGAGGAGGACACUGUCACUGAGUCUGUAACUUACAGCUGCAUCAAUGAAUCAAUCUGGCUCUGGCUUGCAAAUAUGAAGAGCUCCUCUGUUCCCUGCAAGUGUCUUUUUUUGAGAGCAGAAGUAAAUGAUUUAUAA